AUGGCUCCGAUCAAGACUCUCAAGGAGAUUCCGACUCUCACAAGCCUGUACAAGCUCAAACACCUGACACCGGCCGCUUCAACAGUGUCUGGAGCCAGCAGCGCUUACAACGACAAGAUCUGCGUCAUCCGCACCGACAUCACAAAGCUAGAGGUUGAUGCCAUUGUCAACGCCGCCAACGAGUCGUUGCUGGGCGGAGGCGGUGUUGACGGCGCCAUCCACCGUGCGGCCGGUAGAGGACUCUUGCGCGAGUGCGAAACACUGGACGGUUGCGACACUGGCGACGCGAAGAUCACCGAUGGCUACGAACUUCCAUGCAAGAAGGUCAUCCAUACCGUGGGCCCUGUCUACUGGCGAACCAAGAAAGAGGGCAAGCACACCAGCCUGCUGCAGUCAUGUUACCGUCGCUCGCUCAACCUGGCUGCCGAGAACGGUUGUAAGAGCAUAGCCUUCAGCGCACUGAGCACUGGUGUCUACGGCUACCCUAGUCAUGAGGCGGCAGUGACUGCUAUCGGCGAGGUCAAGAAGUGGCUCGACACGGACGACAAGGCUGACAAGCUCGACCGCAUCAUCUUUUGCAACUUCAUGGAGAAGGACGAGGACGCAUACUACGAAUGGCUUCCCCAAGACCAGAGCAAGAGCGACGAGACUAAGGACGGAGAGCAGGAAGAGCACACGACCGACGACAUGGAGAACGACACGAAUCAGAUCGAGAGUAAGGACAGGAUGAUGGAAGGUGACCAGAUAAAGAGCGAGGACAAGAUGGUUGACCAGAUCAAGGGCGAGCUCGAGGUUGAGGUUCAAGGUACAGACCAGACCAAGGCUGCGGACAAGUCGGAGGAAAGCAAGAACGAGGAGAGUGGUCCAGAGCUGUCCCAGCUCCCAGACGUUCCCACCACGGAGCCAGGUGAACACGAUCUGCCUGAGGCUAAGAAACUCAAGACAGACCACAACUAG